UUCAAAAAAAAAAAAAAAAAAAGAUCGUAAAAUCAGUUUCUACAACCUUCUUUCUCAAGUUUCAGAGCACAACCUUCCAACCGCCAUGUUUUCAUACGAAUCCCUACCAGCACCCAAAACCGUCUUAUCAGCCGCCGCGUCCCUCACCGCCUCCGCCUUCCUCUUCAAAACCAUCGCUUCCGAUCUCAUUCCAACCGAUUACAUUAAAGCCCUCUUCAAACGCCUCUCCGCCGAACUCACCGUCGUCAUCGAAGAAUCCGAUGGACUCACCCCCGACCAACUCUUCGAAGCCGCCAAUAUUUACUUGGGCUCCAAAUUAUCUCCCUCCACACACAGAAUCAAAGUCAGUAAACCCGAAAAGGACGACGAACUCACCGUCAAGGUCGAUCGCAACCAACCCAUAGUCGAUAUCUUCCAAACCAUGAAAUGCAAGUGGACUUUGCAGACCGAACGGAUCGAGGUCCCCGCCAAUUCGAAUGCUCGAUCUGAACUUCGGUUCUUCGAGCUAAGUUUUCACAAGAAGCAUAAGGAAACAGUGUUAAAGCAGUAUCUACCUUAUGUAUUAAAAAAAGCCAAAGAAAUCAAGGACGAGAAGAAGACAGUGAAAUUACACACGGUAGAUUACAACGGAACCGAUUAUUGGGGCUCCGUGGUUCUGAAUCACCCGGCGACAUUCGAAACCAUGGCUAUGGAUCCAGACAAGAAGGUAGAGCUUCUCGAGGAUCUCGAUAUGUUCGUAAAUCGGAAAGAUUAUUACAGGAGAGUGGGGAAAGCUUGGAAACGAGGGUAUUUGUUCUACGGACCACCAGGUACUGGGAAAUCGAGUUUGGUUGCAGCCAUGGCUAACCAUCUCAAGUUCGACGUGUAUGAUUUGGACUUGAAGGAAGUCCAAUGCAAUUCAGAUCUACGGAGGUUACUGAUCGGCACAAAAAAUCGAUCUAUAUUAGUAAUCGAGGACAUCGAUUGCAAUAUAGGGUUACAGAGUCGGGAAUCUGAGAAGGAAGAAGGUCCAAAUCCAAAUGGGGAUGACGACGAUAAGAUAACUUUAUCUGGGCUGCUGAAUUUUGUGGAUGGAUUGUGGUCGAGUUGUGGGGAUGAACGGAUCAUCGUGUUCACGACGAAUCACAAGGAGCGAUUGGAUGCGGCAUUGUUGAGGCCAGGUCGGAUGGAUGUGGAGGUAGAGAUGUCGUACUGUAGUUAUGGUGGGUUCAAGGUGCUUGCGUCUACUUAUUUGCAGGUUAAAGAGGAGGAAAAGAUGGAAUUGUUUGGAGAGAUUGAAGAGCUGUUGAAGAAGGUUGAAGUGACACCUGCUGAGAUUGCAGGAGAGUUGAUGAAGAAGAGUGAUGACGUGGAGAUAGUGCUUGGGAAUCUGAUUCAGUGGCUCCGAAUGAAAGAAGAGAGCGUAUUACUGACUACUAAUUGAUUCAGAUCAUCUUUAAGAUCGUAGUUAAGGGUUUAGGUUAAUUAUGUAUUGAAUUUUAGAAAUGUCUGAAGCUUAUAGAAAUAGUCAUUAAGGUGUGAAUGAAUUUGGUAAGUUAUGUUUUAAUGGUGA